AUGAGCAACCCGCUCCCAGACCCCACGUUCCGCGAGCAGGACGAGGAGGGGGAGGAGGAGGGCGGGUGGGGCGCUCUCAUGAAGGAAGGAGCAGCAGCAGCAGCAGCAGCAGCAGCAGCAGCAGCAGCUGGUGAUAGUGACGGUGAAGGUGCUGAGGGUGGUGGUGCUGUUGCGGCUGGUGCAGGCACUGAUGGUGCGAAUAAGGGUAACGCUGCUGCUGCUGCGGCUAGUGCAAGCAGGCCCAGUAUCAACCCGUUAUCAGCAGACUCGAUUCCAGCAGAGGCCAACGCGACUUUCCUGCGCCUGCUACAGCAGCAGGGCGACUAUGCUUGCACCCUGUGGGUGCGCAACGUGUGCUAUGCGUUCAACCCGCUCUUCCACUCAGUCCCCGUCGCCAACCACGAGAUCAAAAAAAUCAUGCUGCGCGAGCGAAUCACGGACCGCCACGUGGGCGUGUGGUACUGGAAGGACCCCAGAUACGACCUGUCCCGGUUGAACCUGUCUGAGAACAUCUGCACGGGGAGGGCCGGGCUGGCACCACUGAGAAAGGAGCACUUCUCAAGUGCGGACGUGCGGGAUUUGCCUGAGUUGAGUGGGCGUGUGGGGCCGUUUGUGCAUGCCAGUGAUGCUGAGCUCUUCUUCCUGCACGGCCGCCCGCCUGCUGACCCCCUCCCUGCUGCUGCUGGCACCACCACGGAGCAACCAGAGCAGUGGCGGGGCGUGGGCGUGGUGUCGCUGAGGGACGGGCACCUGGGGCACUUGGUGGAGUUCAUUGGCGCCAUGACUGAGUUGGCCAGACACCUGCCCACUGGCGCCAGGGACACAGAGCCAGUGCUCUUCUUCCCAAGUGGUGCGGGAAUAUCAAGGUGGGUGGCAGCAGCUGGCGCCGUUGCCAUGCGCGGCCCUCAGGCCAUGCGGGACUAUCAGGGCAUGAGAGCCCCGCAAGCCUUGCGGGAGCAUCAAGGCAUGAAAGACCACGCAGGCAUGCGAGGGCUGAAGGGCACGCGACAGCAGAGGAAGCAGAGGGGGGAGGUAGACGCAGCAGGGGAAGCCGGCGCAGCAGGGGCGACAGGGGCAGAAGCAGCAACAGCAGCAGGCGAAGCACUGGCAGCACCAGAAUCACCCCCACCACCAGCAGUGGAGGCGGGGCGGGUGUGGACCCACACGACGUGCUUCCAGGACGCCUUCUUCCCGCUCUCCAUCGCCCACGCGCCCUCCUCUGCUGACCUCUUCCGCCUCUGGGUGGCGCAGGGCGCUGGGCUUGGCAAGACCCUUAAAGCCCAGCAGGCCGAUCCAAGGAUUUGGACGGAUGAGAUUGAACGGGCCAUGCCAUUCGCCGCCCAGGUGCGGGCGAUGCACCGGACGGCGUUGCUUGUCUCGAUGCACGGGGCGUCCAUGGCCAAUGUGGUGCUGCUGCAGAAAGGGGCGGCAGCACUCGAGAUCAUGCCGUACAUGUGGCACUAUGGCGCGUACAAGCGCAUAGCGCUGCGGUGGGGAGUGCACUACUUCAUGUGGCGCAACGAGCAUCGCAACCUCUCCACCUACAUCGACAACUGCUUGGACGCCAACGGCUUCAGCCAAUGGCAGCCCGCCAAGUGUCACACGGUCACGGCUUGCAGGGCGUGCAUUCGAGAUAAGGUGGUCACGGAGGUACAUCUGGGGGAGCUAAGAUCCGCUCUGCUUGCUGCCAAAGAGGUGGUUGACCAAUGGGAGCUUAGGAGGGGACGAUCCUGUGUAGAGCUCUCGGAUGCCUUGUCUGCAGAUGGGUAG